CCAUGUGAAUCAUGGGGGCUUGGUAUCCGAGGGUGUCCCCUUACACACCAUAUAAGGGCCCCCGGGGCUUGAGUGUUAUCACUUUCUGCAGAAGGGGUCUAUUCUUAGGCUGUCUGUCCAGGCCAUCCGAGCAGAGGCUCCUCGGUGCCUGCCCGUACCCGGGUGUUUGGUCAUCCUGACUACAGGGAGAAGAACUGAAAGAAAAAAGAGGACUUUACUGACCUGUGAAGAAGCUUUUCACUUUAAACUCUCUUCAAAAUGAGCAAUUACACAAUAACCCUGUCUGGACCUGCACCUUGGGGCUUUAGGCUGCAGGGAGGCAAAGACUUCAACAUGCCCCUGACCAUCUCCCGGAUCACACCAGGCAGCAAGGCAGCAAGCGGAAACCUCAGUCAGGGUGACAUAAUUACAGCAAUCGAUGGGGUCAGCACUGAGGGCAUGACCCAUCUGGAGGCCCAAAACAAGAUAAAGGCAGCCAUCACCAAACUCAGCCUCACCAUGCAGAGGUCAAGACGUCCCGCUCCUGUACCCACAGCCACUCCAAGAAUGGACUCACCCAUGCCAGUUAUCCCUCACCAGAAGGUCAUUGCCAACACAGCUGCCAACCAAGAGUAUGUUCCCAGCUUCAAUCCCAUCGCACUGAAGGACUCUGCUUUGUCCACUCACAAGCCUAUUGAGGUCAAGGGUCCUGGUGGGAAGGCUACUAUCAUCCAUGCCCAGUACAACACUCCUAUAAGUAUGUAUUCUCAGGAUGCCAUUAUGGAUGCCAUUGCCGGUCAGGCCCAAGCCAGAGGAAACGAGAUGAGCGGUGAUGACCCCACUGGAUCUCCCUUGGCCUCACUUCCCAUUAAAGACCCUCUUGUGGACAGUGCUUCUCCAGUUUACCAGGCUGUGAUCAAACCUGAUAAUAAGGAGAUGGAGAUGUCAGAGUGGGCCCGUCGUGCUGCCAACCUGCAGUCCAAGUCCUUCCGCAUCCUUGCUCAUAUCACAGGAACGGAGUAUUUGCAAGAUCCAGAUGAGGAGGCUCUUAGAAAAUCAAGGGAGAAGUUUGAAUCAGAGGUAAAAGGCCCAAGAUUUUCCAAACUGAAAAACUGGCACCACGGACUGUCUGCACAGAUCCUUAACAUCCAGGGGUAAAUGCCACCUGAUGUUACUGGAGAGAAGUUGAGGCAACAAUCAACAAGGAAACCAGAAGGCUAUGUAAAGUGAGGGUGCAAUAGGAAGAGAGCAGUUAGUGUAGUGACUGGAAUGUGAGUUAGAGUUCUAAACUUGCCUGUAAGUGAACACACAAAGCUCCUGUGUUUGAUGUGCAUAUUAUGUCUUUUUGUUUCAUGUAACUUUCACCCACUGACACAUAGUGCAUAGUGCUCAGUUUGUCAUUUUCUUUUUCAUUUUAUGUUUCUCUUUUUCUUCUCUUUUGCCUGCUUUGUUUAUCCCAAAUUAUUGCUGAAUAAUUAAUUGUCUGAAUGACUUACUGAUGUAAAAAACUAACCCUGAGAGUAAUGAUAAAAUAUACGUACCACAUCCACUGCAAUACACCACAGCACAUAUUGAAAUACAAACCAAAUGUACUAUUGUUAAUGUUAAUAAAACAUUAUUACUUUUAACCAAAUAAACAGAAGUGUCAGUGUGA